CCACACGGUAAUCAAGAUUCCUCUUUGACCACCAUUACGUACCUGUAGAUGUUCCUCUCAAACAACUAUCAAUUAACGAGGAAGGCCCUCGCUAUUCGAUCGGUCUUCAUCUCUUAGAACUCUAAUAUAUAAGAAAUUAAUAUUGCAAAAGUAACACGCACACGACGUAUCAUUAUCAAGCCUCCUCUGGAUCGGAUAAUCUCCUUUGCCGAAUUAUUACCAACCGUACAGAGCACCAAAGUUUUCAGCUGGAGUCACCGCGAGGAGGAGCCUUAUUUCUCUCAAUUCCGAGCUAGCAGAAAGGGUAGCCAUCUAACAUGGACUGUAAAGAAGAGGGGGUCGCCGCCGGCUCAGAACUUUAUGUCGAUGGUGAUAUGGAGAUAUUCGUGAAGUCAUUAAACUGCGAAAUUAUGACCUUUAAGGUGUAUGGCUCUGUCAAAGUCUUGGAUGUGAUGGUAACGAUGGAGGAGGCGUUCGGCAUCCCAAUAGACCAGAUUAGGCUUUUCUUCCGUGGCUACCAAAUGGAAAGCGAUAGAACUUUGGCAGAAUACAGUGUCGAGGACCGGUCCGUCAUCCACUACGCCCCCCGCUUUCGCGGCGGCGGCGGCUGCCAGUACUCCAAAUACUCUAGAUCAAGUUUAACGGAGCCGAUCGACGAUUCGAAAGUCGCAACAUCAAAAACGAGUUGGAAGCACGGAAGGCUGAGCAUGGUGAGCAAACGAAGAAGCAUGGAGCUUCCUACACUACUAACAAUGGAAAAGAUCAGGAUCACUGAUCAGCCUUUAGUCAUUUGGGAAAAAAAGUAUGAUAUAACACUUCUUGAUUUGAUGGUGAAGCAUACUAGAAAUGGUGGGAAAAACGGAGAAUACUUUACACAAUAUGCUUGGCAUGACAUUAUGGGAGAGUUUAGAGCAGCAAUUGGAUUGAGAUGUAAUAUUAAUGAUUUGGAAAACCGUCUGAAAUUUUACAAGAACGAAUAUCAAAUAGUGAGCAAUCUGAGGAAGCAUCCGAAGUUUAGCUGGGAUGAUAAAAAUCAUUCAGUAAUUGCUACCGAUGCUGAAUGGAACGAAUAUAUUAUGGAAAAUCGUGGAGCAAAAGCAUAUCGGAAGAGACAGAUACCUUAUUUUGAUCAGCUGGAAAUUAUUUGUUCUUCAUGAUGAACUCUUUUUCAUUUUUCCUUUCACAUUGGAAAAGCGUGAAGCAAAGCUAUAUUGAAGAGGCAAAUACCAUAUUUUAAUCAGUUGAAAAUUGUUUGUUCUUUGUGAUGAACUCUUAUUAACUCUGGAUCAUUAAAUAUUGACUAGAAUAAAGAAAUUGUAAUCAUUCGAGAUGAUUGCAAUAAUUUCGCUUAUUAAAGCAUCAAAAAGAUUGUACCAACAAUGUAAUGUUAUCAAUAAUUUGAAACAAUGAGUCAUUUUUAUCGGUUCAAGUACA